AUGGGCAAGCUCUCAGAACUCACUUCCAAGGUCACUGGUGGCAGCAGCAGCCACGGUCACACCGGUGGCUCUGCCGGUGGUCCCAAGGAGGACUAUGUCGACAAGGGUCUUGACUCUGUCGAGAAGAAGUACGGCCACGGCAAGAUUAACCCUCAGGAUCCCAAGACUCGUGCCACCAACGAGAAGAUCACUGACGGCGCUCGUCACAAGUUCGAGGGUGCUACUGGGAAACAUGUUCCCCACAAGAUCUCAAACUAG